AUGGACAUUUCUUGUCAAAACAAGGAUACCAUAAAUGAUUGUACCCCAAAGGUUGGUAUGGAGUUUGAUACGUUAGAGGCAGCUUGGAUGUUUUGGAAAAAUUAUGGAAAACAAAUGGGGUUUAGUGUUCGAAAGCAUUAUACAAAUAAAAGUAAGAUAGAUGGAGAAAUAACAUCGAGAAGAUUUUUGUGUUCUAAAGAGGGUACUCGUAAGCCUGAUAAACGAGAUCAUCUAACCAGUCAACCUCGACAAGAAACAAGGACUAAUUGUCUAGUACGAUUGGGUGUUUCAUUAGUUCGUGAGACCGGAAAGUACAAGGUGUACGAUUUUGUAUCAGAGCACAACCAUGUUCUUCAUCUUGCAGCAACUACUUUCAUGAUGCGAUCAGAACGAAAGAUGUCUGAUGUCCAAGCUUUUGCUAUUGAUUUAGCUUAUGCUUCUGGAAUUAAGCCUAAGGAGAUACAUGAGUUAAUGAGUAGGGAGGCUGGUGGAAGGGCUAAUCUUGGCUACAUUGGAGUUGAUCAAAAAAACUAUCUUCGAACUAGACGACAACGAAGCUUGAUAUAUGGUGAAGCUGGUAGUUUAUUAAGGUAUUUUCAACAACAAUUGAUUCAUAAUCCAUCGUUCCAUUAUGCUGUACAGUUGGAUAUCGAGGAGCAAAUAACUAAUAUAUUUUAG